CAUCGCAUGAGAUCCAGCAAGAUUUCUGGAGUGUACACCCCUGACCCAAGGGUGAAAAAGUUGUUUAAGAGCGAGGAGAAGGUUGAGUAUAAGCCCAUUGCCAAAACGAAUCGAACACAGUUUAAGAAGUUUGCCGAAAUUUUGAGGGAAAACCCCGAGCAGUAAGUUUCUAACUCUUUUUAAGGUUAUAUACAUACACUCGUGCAUAAGUUCCUGAUUGUUGGUUAAAUUUGCAGGAUGUGGGAUAUCGCUACCGGUCACUCUGUGUGUAAUCACUUCUUCCUUGAAAUUGCUGAACCGGGGAAAUGGAUGUCUGACGAGCACAUGCAUGUGAUUAUGAACAUGUUGUGGAGGCGUCGCGGGAUUUAUCUACAGAAGGAGAGGAUGGUGAUCUUGGAUCAGUACUUUAUAAAAACCAUUCAGUCAAACUGGAGUGCCUUUAGCGCAGACAAUGAUAAGCUGCAGUUCGAAUGGGGGAAAAACGUAGCACAGUAUGUGACAGGAAAGAGCAAGGGGCAGAAAAUGAAGUUGGGACUUGGCCGCGAUGUCGACACCGUGUACACCCCGAUGAAUUGGGGUGGAGAUCACUGGGUUGGUCUCUGCAUUAAGCUGAGUGAAGGUCAUGUGACGGUAUUUGAUUCCUAUGUUCCUCAUACUAAGAUCGAGGUUGCGGAAGGACAUAUGUGUUCGGUUGUGAUGAACCCCUAA